UAAAGUGGAAGUGGUUCGGGACAGAAACGGAAUGUAGCCGGGUUUCUUGAAUUAUUAUUUGAAGAAAAAUUGGAUAAACAUAAGUUUAUUUCUAGUGUGAAUACAUCAAGAAGGAAAUGGCAAUGUCUAGCCAAAUGCAAACAGAGUUAGGAGCACCCGUUCAAACAGGAUUAUCACCAUUUAUGCAGACAGAGUAUCAGCAGCAGAGCAAGCCCUGGGUCCCAAACCAGAUACAUGAUCCAGACAAAUCCGAAGAUUAUUCAUUACCCAAACCUCCACCUCCUAUCGUUGGCAAGGUGACCCACCAGUCUAUAGAGAUGUAUUGGGACGAGGCACUCCUUCAUGCUUACAGUGUUGGUAACAAAGCCGACGGCAAGAUCAAGUGCUUCUUGCAGGAAAAAGAUCGUGGGGGACAAUGGUGUGGAGCCUACACAGGCUAUGGCAAGAAACAUGUUGUUCAAGGAUUGGAGCCAAUUCGACAAUACACCUACCGUCUGCGGUUUGCAAAUGAUGUUGACAAGGGUGAAUGGAGUCCGCAUGUCACUGUCACCACAACAAAGGAGCCUAUGUGUGCAGAACAAUUACAUAAGGCAGUACAGCGGGCAUAUGUUGAUGUGGCAACCACCAUACUGGAAUCUGGUGAGGUCAAUAUAGAUACUCCAGACAACUUGGGUUUCACGGCCCUCAUGCAGGCUUCCAGGAAAGGAGAUGCUGAUAUGACAGAAUUGCUGCUUAAAUUUGGUGCAGAUGUUAAUCAGAAGAAUGAUUCCGGUAAAACAGCACUGAUGCUUGCUUGCUUUUCUGGUGAGAAGGAUACUGUUAAGCUCCUUCGAGAAUUCGGUGCCAGAUAUGAUGACUUUGAUAAUGGAGGAUCAACUGCAAUCCACUGGGCUGUGGAUGGGGGCCACCCCGCUCUCAUAGACUGGAUGAUAGCAGAUGGUGCCAACCCAAACAUCUGUGACAGACACUCCAGCUGGACACCUCUUCUUCGAUGUGCCUCAGUUUCAGGUAACUACCAGGUGGCUUCCUGUCUGUUACGUGAGGGUGCCAGUAUUAACUGUCAGGACAUCGAUGGUAAAACACCAAUCAUGGUCGCAAUCAUCAACAAGAACGAACAGCUACUGGAUCUACUUCUCAAGAGAAAUGCUGAUUGUACAAUCACAAAUAAGUGGGGGAAGAAUGUGUAUGACAUGGCUUUAGCAAUGGAAAAAAGGGGGAUUAUUUCCCGUUUGGAAAAACAUCUAGAGGAAAAGGGAAUCAAAGGAGUGAAACGCGUAUGAAGACGGAUAUGACCGGUUAUUUGCGACAUCCACAGCAAUAUUUACAAUCUAUAUUAAAAAAAUUCCUAAGCAUUCCUUGAAACGUCAACAUCCUUGUAAACCUGCUCCCUAGUUGUUUUUUGCUAUGCUGUUUGAUUUUCUCCAGAACAAAAUUCCACGAAAUUUAGUUUGGAUAGAAUGUAAUUUAAACUUGUAUGCUUAAUUUAGCAGGAAAGUGUGAAAUUGUUCAGCAUUAGAUUUACCUAUUAGCUAAAUACUUCCUCAUUUAAAACAUAUUCAAAUGAUCAUCAUUAUUUGUAUGAAAUUAACAGUUCAAAUUAGCAGUAUGAGUUUCAAAAUUUCUUGUUGAAAAUUGAUUGGAAAAUGAUUAAAAAAUUUGACUUGUCUUCAAGUCACCAGAGGUUUAUAAUGUUACCAACAAUUAUUUAUAUAUGCAUGUGUAUUGUCUAUACAGUGUACUGGUAUUGUGUACCUCUGAUAGACACUAUCAUAAAGAUGUAUUAGAAUGAUUUAAUACAUUGUAUUGUAGAAUGUUUUGUAACAGAUAUAACAUGAAGUCUUACAACACUAUACUAUCUUAUAACUAGGGAUUUCUAGCUUUGUAUCUCUUUCCUUCCAAGCCAUUUCUUUGUCUUAGUGGCCGAGCCAAUUGAAAGACCAAGACACAAAGCAAAAUUGCAAUUUGUUUUUUAUUAUUCUAAGAUUUGCAUAAUAUGCGUUUGAAUUUGAUAAACACAGUAGUUUGAUUUGAUUAUAGUGGACUUACACUCUCAAGAAGAGAUUUUAUCAAAAUCAAAAAUUCAUUUUUAAGUUUAACUAUAUAUUUCUAGUCUGCAACCGUUUGAUAGUUAUCAACUGAAAUCCACUAAGAGGAGUUUUUAUCAUUAGCUGUUUCUGAAUUUAAAAUUGAACCAAAAGAAAAAAUCAAAAUUUCUCAAGCUCUCCAAUUCCAGGAGACUCCUGGUUUGAGACCCCUAUUUAUCUAACCUUUGAAAUAAAACUGAAAUAUUCCAAUAUCGGAUUUAAUUGAUUCAAAAUGACUCAAAAUAUGCAGUGAACAGCAUCAUUCCCCAGAGAACACACUCACAGUAAGCUUUCUUAAUCAUGAGAACACUGAAUCUCUCAGAUUAUCAAAAUAUGAAUUUUUUUAUUUUAAUUGAAUCAUUACAAGUUUAUAAUCGAAUCAAAAUAGAUGGGUUUUUUCGCACAAAUUAUGAAAAAGUACAACUCGUACAUGUAUGAUAUUCUAAAAAAAUUUUUUUAAAUUUGUUCAUUUCCAUUGAAUUUUUUUGUUUCAGCCAUUUUAUUCCGCAAUAGAAACCCUUAAACAGAUAUUUACAGCAUUGAAAUCUGCAACUUUCUAUUGAGAAACUCUUAACUAUAGGGCUAUAUUAUAAAUUUUCAGAAUUUAAUUAACAAAACCCAGAUAUCUAUGGUCAGAUUGUGGACUUGAUGUUCAUAAUGUUGGUAACAUGUUUCUCUGCUGCAGCAUUAUUAAUGUUUUCUUUGCCUUUAAGAAUGUAGCAUUACAUUAAAUAGUUAAGAGUGUACCCAGAAGUAUAUAUUUUCUAAUAAUCAUUUUUAAAGAAUUUUUUAAUUAUAAUUGAUGUCUUAAAAUUCUGUGAAAGGAAUGAAGCAAAUCACAAAUACCUGUUUAGAAAUAAAAUGUCUUACCAAGUCAUGUAUAAAUGAUCAAAUCACAUUAAAAAAUAAGGAAUAUUGUGAUGAUAAUAAAGAAAUGAAUCAACAUCUACAACUUCUAGUUUGUCUGUGUAAGAGUUAUCUCCCAUUAAUUCUAUUUUUAGAAGAAUCUUGAUAUACUGAUACAUUUUUUUUUUUCAUGUCAGAUCUGUUAAUUAACCAAGUCAUAAUUAUUAUUUAUAAAUCAAAUAAUGACAAUGACAAUAAAAUAAUAAAAAGAUACAUUUUAUAUCUUCAGGUGAUUCUUUUGUAGGGGAGAUUUAAAUCUUUGUGAGAUAGAAUACAAACAUCCUCACACAACACGUAGUUUAUAAUUUGUUGAAUCUAUUAAUAAAAUGCAUCUCAUUGUAGUGAGUAAUUAGCUGUCAUCCAUUUCCAAUGAAAUAUUCCAUUUGUCAAUGUAACAAGUCAAUUUUCUGGAUAUCUAUCUCAUUCUUACUAAGGACAUAAUUUUUUUUUUCUGUAGAAAUAUCAAAACAGGACAUUUUGAACUGCUAGCUAAAGUAUUGCUCAGGUAAUCAAAUAUCCAUAUGCUUAAAAAGGUCUUGAUACUUUUAUUGUAGUAUUGACUUAAAUCAAAGUAUGUUAUUUAUUUAAAUUGAUUUUAUUGUUGAGGAGAUAUUAGUCAGAAAUUGUAAUGUAUCAUGGAUCUGUCACAGAUUUUGUAUUACUUGUAUCACAUUUCAGCCGAGUUUUAUCGAUUCACUUAGAUUUUUUCAGCCAUACGGUCCUCAUGGGAUGAGAGAGGUUGGUAACUUGGUAGAGUACAGAUUUCAUCAGUAGACAAGCUAUUUUAAGGUGUAAGCUUAGGAACAAAUGGACUGGAUUGAACCAGGCCAUUCUCUGUUGCUAUACUAUAUACUGAUUCUGAUAGAACAGAAUGAACCAGACUUGACUAGAUAUGAGAAGUUACCUUCUCCCGAUUCUUAGGAAGUAAUGCAUGACCUUUUCAUCUUCAUUGUUUUCACUGCAAGUUCCAAGAACAUAUAUCCUUAGGAACAGAGAUAUAGAGGCAUAGAUGUAUAUGUAGGAACAGUUUAUACAGUGUACUUAAAAUCUUUGAUAUGGAAAAAUAUGGUCGAUGUUUGAAUAUUUCAGAAUAUAAUUUUAUUACUUUGUUUUCUUCAAAUCCAAAAAUAUUUUUUCUCACUUUUUUUUAAUCAACACAAACUGAGUUGAUUUUAUAAUAGCUUGUUAUUGAUGGAAACCAUUUAUGCCAUAGACAUACCGCUUCAUUACAUUUGGAAAUAAGGAACAGGAUCUUUAAUCAGUGUUGUUUAAAGUUCAAACUGUGUUAUCUCAUGUGAUAUGGAGAUGUGUUCCCAAGACUUAGUUCAGAUAUUGGGAGGAAAUUGUUUGGUCAAAACGCUGAUGAUUAUAUUAACAGAUCAGAGAGUAGAAUCUUUUUACAUGUUUCAAUUAGCACUCCAAUCCUAUUUUAGUGAAAAAGGUGAGUGCCCGCUUGUAGAGACAAGUGCACUUUUUCUUAUACAAAAAAAUGUGUAUUUAUUUAAUAUCAAAUAUAUUUGGUCGAAUUACAGUAUUAGAAAUUGUACAAUGUCGUUACUAUGAUUACAAUAUUUUAUUUACUAUCUACCGAGGUAUGAGGGACUUGUAAACAAUAAGGAGACAGAAACAAAAAUGCAGUUUAUUCUAAAAAGAUUUCCAGUUUAGAUUAUUUGUGUAACUAAUUUACUUACGUUUAACUAUCUAAAGUACAGAAGCAAUUGCUAUUUCAGGCUUCAAUUUCAGUAAUUCUGUCAUGUCUUGAUAAGUAAAAAUGUGUGUUGAGGCACUGUAAACCUUCAUUUAGAUAAACAAAAGUUAUAUAAUAAUAUAUAUUUUUAAUAUAUUCUGAAAUCUGCUAUCUUGCUUUAAUUGUAUAAUAAGGGAACUCACAAGGACUUUGUGGAAAUUCAAGUCCCAUGACAACAAAUAUUAUGAUACAGGGGCUAGUUGUGACAUCUAGAUCCAGAAUGUAAAAAUAUAAUGUAACAGGUCAAGAAUUGUGCCAAGUCCCUGUGAGAAAUUUCAUUACUCAUUACAAAUCAUUAAACAUAUAUUUAUUAUAAAGAUUAUUCCUGUUGAUAAUUGAUUGUUUUUGGUUUGAAAUGUGUUAAUUAACACUAUUUAGUAUACAAUUCUACAGCAUCACCACGAUGGUCAACGAACAGCUGUAUAUCUAAAUAAUGUUAAUUUUCUUAGUUUCUAUAGUUACAUUUUCAUGGAAAAUAAUGUAACAUUUUGUUAUAGGUAUUCUUAUAUUCAUGUAUAUGUUAAAUAUCUCUAUUUAAAAUUACAUUUGUUGUAACAUCAGUAGAUCUAGGAAUAUUGUGUUAUGGUAACUGGGAAUACUGAAAUUAACAAAUCCACGCUGUUUUUUUUUUUUUUUUUUGCAAAAUGUUUUUAUUAUCUCUUUUAUACAGAGCUUAGUGAUAAAAAUAAACAAAUAAGCAAAUAUUUCUAUAUACUUCAAGAUAUUUUGGGAUUUGCCAAGUACACUUUAUACAUUUGAGGAAAAACUUUUAGUACAAAUAUAGUCAUAAUAUGGUUUUGCAUGGAACUGAAUUACAGAGAUAAUUGUUUUAGAGUAAGGUUCAGUGGCAAUUUGAGUGGAUAUAUAACAAUAUUGCUACCAUUCUACUCUAAUAGACACAUUGAUAACUAGAAACAUUUUCUGUUAUAGAUACGUUUUUUUUAAUUUUGGAAUUAUUAUCCACAAUGAUAAGAUGAUAAAGGGCAGUUGAUUCGGGUUUUGUUUGCUCAGGAUUGAUGUACUUGAAGGUUUUCACAGAAAAAAACCCACAAUUUUUACAAACAAGUGUUUUUUUUCACUUAAACAAUAAUAUUUAAUCUGGGAUAUAUAUACAUUCCAGCUUUACAGUCAUACAUUGAACUGAAAUGACGUUAAUACAAGUUAUUAUAGACUGUAAUAUCCCUCUAUAUUGAUUAUUAGUGGAUGAUAAAAGAUUGAAACAUGAAACUGUAGAAACAUUGGAAAUCCAAGUUGAGGACGUAGAACCACAAAUUUUGAUCAUACCUAGUCUAUGGUACAAUAUAUUUAUUAUGUCAACAUUUUUAUGUCUAAAUUGUUGAAUAUGAUUUGAACGUGUGCCUGUGUUAGAUGAAUUUAACAGCAUAUUUUCCGUCCAAAAUAAGUCAAUAAAUUUAGCGAUGUAAAA